UUUCAACAUGGCAGACGUCCCGGAUGUAACUGCAAGUACACAGGGGGCAGAACAGUUGAAACUAAAGACACAACUGUAGCAGUACGGAGAGACUGGCGCUGGCGCAGGUGCAGAUGUGUUGUUAACUUGGUCCUGACACCCCACCAUAUCCCAUAGCAAAGUCUGUCAUCAUGAGGCCUGUGUUUGCCCUGGCACUCUUCCUUGGGGUCAUAUUCCUGGGCUCCAUCUUCGCAGAAGAAGCCUUUGACUGUAGCAAUACUACCACUUGUGCCCUCCCGUGCACUCGCUCUUCCAAUGCAACCAAGAUUUUCCAUUGGUACAUCGGUGAGACACUCUCAUGGAACUGUACACUGGGCGAAAAAUGCCCCAACGCCACUUCAGCUGAUAUCAACUUCUGCUUCAAGGGCAAUGUGCCCGAUCACCUCACCCGUGUUGUAGAUUCCAGGACCAAAGAGCUGCGUAUUGCCAAUGUCACUGAGGAUUAUGCGGGCUCAUAUUUCUGUUAUGUGUCAGGUUGUCUGGCAGCUGAUAUCGAAAUGCAGAUCGCCUACCCAGCUGAGCCUCCAGAUGUGAAGGUCUUCUACGAUGUCCUGAGUGAUAUGGCUCAGAACUUGACUGUCGUCGCAGCUCCAACAGAGCGGAACAAAAAUGUGAACUGGACCUGGGACAUUCGAUAUAGGUUAAAUACGAGAAGACCACAGUACUUUUAUGAUGAUUUCAAUGACCAUUGUACUGAGAAGAAGAACUGGAGUUGUGACUCAUCCCUAGAGUUCCCCUGUGAUUGUCCAGAAAGCAAGUUCCCAGGGCAAUGUACGCUGCUGACUGCGGGAGGAAGGUCUUGUUUCGAGGAAGACAUGAAUCACACGAUUCAUGUCAAAAUGUCCUCCACACUUUUUGGAAGCGCCCACACGAAUGUUAACGUAAUUCCGUCCAAUGCAAUAGCACGAGCACCUAACGUGUACGAUGUAUGUUUUAAUGAGUCCAGCCGCCAGGUUGAAGUAAGAUGGAGUAUGUGGCCUGGUCUGUCAAAUAUGCGGUACAGAGUGUCUUAUCGACGUGUUGGGAGUGAACCCUGGAAGGAAUCUAUGACAAAUGAAACCUCCCUGAUGAUACGUGGGUUGGUAACCAAUACCCCUUACCAGGCCAAUAUCUCUGCAAAGUUUGACAAGAGUGACAUAUGGAGCAAACCUGAGCUAAAAGAUUUCAUCACAACAGAGGAUGUACCUAGUGAAAGUCCGAAGUUGAGCGUUGGCUCCUACAUGCAUGAUGUCUCACCAGAUUGCGGUGAGAGCGGGCAAACAAGCCUGGUCCUGUACACAAAGCCAAUCCCAAAGGAGAGCGAGAAUGGCAAGCUGCUGAGCAUUGAUGUGAAUGUGAUGCCUCCAUUACUCAAUCAAACAAACCCAGUGGAGAGUCCAGUGGCCAAUCAGACGAUAGUUCUAUGUGGAGUAAGGAGGGACCAGGAUUAUGAGGUGGAGCUGAAAGGGCGCACCAAGAUGGGCCUCUCAAAGGUUCCAUCCAGCAUUGUCAUCCUAUCAAAGGCUCCUCUGAAGCCCAUUCAGGUGGUUGCUGAGAAGCUAAAUAGUACCACUGUUCAUGUGAGGUGGACUGUCCAAUCAGAUGCAAUGCAUAAUGUGACCAUUCAUCUCUGCCAACAGUUUGAUCGUCACUCUAAAUGCUUGACUGGGUAUGAUUGGCUGACCGUCAUGGGGCCUGUCUCCUCCCACAAUGUCACAGUUGCUAACCUGGACCAGACUCAGUCAAACUUCCGGUUUGGGGUGUCCGUGGAGGUGGGCGGUGUCAGCAGCGGAAUUGCAUGGAGCAGCUGUCUCUAUGAUAGACCCUCAGGUACUGUCUCAGCUCAUCUCUCUGUCCCUCAGCUGCAGGCAUGCCUGGCUAAUGCUGGGUGUGGCUCCAACUGGGUCGCCUGUGUCUGCCCCUAAAGCCCAUUUUUUUAAAACAUAUUUUUUAUUAUUUUAUCAUGUUUAGUAGAGGAGAUUGCUCCUACCUUUGGUUGUUGUGUCUAGAUUUAGUAUUUAGUAUUUAAUCAGAGCACUGUAUUUUUAUUUUUUUUAUUUGAUUGGUGUUUUACGCCGACAAAAGAAUAUUUCACUUAUACGAGGGCGGCCAGUAUUAUGGUGGGAGGAAACCAGGCAGAUCCCAUGGGAAGCAGAGUUCUUUAAUAAAUGACUAUAUAGCAAUGUUAAUUUUAACAUGAGUAGUCAACCCUCCUUUAAUACAUAGGCACACAUUAGAACAGAAUACUGCUACUUGACAUCAGCUAUCAAACAAGUGGACAAACAUGUAGCCAUAUUAGUCUGCUCUUUACACUGCAUGGAACAUAUAACUAAAACUCAGAAACAGAUACUGUGUUGUGGUUACAGAUUAAACAUACAUUGUAUCCUAAUGACUUGCCUUUGCUAUAUUGACGAAUUGAGUGAGGGUUUUGGCAGAGGCCACAUAGUUGAGAUCAUAACACCAGUUGUUCCAAGGGCUGAAUCAAAAUCAUUCCUGACUUAAGGGUGAAGUUGAAAUAUAAUUUUACCGGCUAGUUCUGGGUCGUGUAUCAAUAUUACAAUUUUGACUACCUCAUAAAUGUUGUCAUACGACAAAUGUGUCAAAAUUUCAGCUUCCAGCACCAAAACUAAGCAUUGUGAUGAGGUGUUAAAUGUUGACUUCACUCAGAAAUAGCUUUGUGCAAUCAGUCCCAGGUCUUAACUGUUUCGUCUAAGCUUAAAAUAAUGUUGAUUUUAUGUAUUAAAUUGUCCACGUAGUCAUCCAUUCUUAUUCUGAGUCUAGUUCCACGAAGACUUUGUGUUACAAGUCGCAUACAUCUACCUGUAACUACCAUAGUGGUGUUAUGCUCUUCAGGACUAACUGUGUAUGCUUGCAGAUUACUCUGUUGCAAGCUUUGUACCGACCUUGGUGUUACCUUGGAAUUUCAUGCAAUGUUACACGAAGGGUGUAUAGUUAUUAUUUGUAUUCCUGACGUGUGCCUGUUGUAAUGUCCAUGACAGCGUAGGGUAACUUCAUGCAUACGCCACGUUGACGCUUGACACAGCGUUAUGGUAUCUUUGUAAAAUAGACCCAAGACGGUGUAUUUAUAAAACAUACAUGAACUUAAUAUUGGAACAGCAGCUGCUGGUUUCAUGAUGCAGCCCGAUUAAUAUUUGCCGCUUGUAAUAUACAUAGAGUGUUCAUAUAGUAACUGUAUAAUACUUUUCACAAAAACACCUCUCCCUCAUUUAUACAACGCUGUUGUUGGGUAACAGACCAUCCUGUUGAGUAAUAGGUGGUAAAUGUGUGUGUUUUUGAGUUAAUGGUACCUAGUA